CCGCCAUGCUCUGCUCAGAUGCUGCCGUUGCUGCCGUUGCUGGCGGUGCUGGCGUGUGCAUUGCCUGGCUUGUUGUAGGGCGAUAGCCUCACGAGCACCUGCUGGCUUGGGGCCGCCAGCGGCAUCUGAGCGCGAAGCGUCUUGGUGGGGAUGUCGUACUGCAUCAGGUCCUCACCUGCAGUGCACACACCACGACACCACACCACACCACACCAAAUCAGCCUAGCCCAGCCAGCUUGGCUGACACACGUGUGUGAGUGUGUGUGUGUGUGUCUGUGUGUGUGUAUAAGUACCGAUCACCACGGGUCCGUCGAAAUCGCUGCCGACCUCGGCCAUUAGCGCGUCCUUGUCGAACACCGGAGGCGCAAAGUGGUUCAACAGCAGCACACCAACCUUAGUGAGUGAGAGACAAGCACACCACACCACACACAGACGAGCAUCCAAUCCGCCUGUUCACUCACUGCCUCCCUCACCACCCACCCUACCCACCUCACCUGUGCCUCUGCCGCCAGCUUGCCAACCUCGCUGCUGAGCGUGUGGUACGACGCUGUGGCCUCCACCGUGGCUGCCGUCCGCACCCCCUCGGACACAGGCAUCGCACGCUUGAUGAACACCUCGUGGACCAGCACAUCGCACCCCCUCGCCGCCUCUACCAACGCCCCACACCAUCUCGUGUCGCCACUGAAGACCGCCCGCUCUUCCUCUCCAGUGGUGGAGAUGGCGAAGCCGUAGGCAUGCUCGAUUGGCUUGUGGUCCACCACGACCGGCUGCACGACCAGACCACCGAGGGUAAUGGGCUCCGGCUCUGUGGGGUGGAGCUCCUCGAUGUGGAUGUCCAAAGCGAUGGUGGAGGGGCGCUGCUCGAAGGCGAUGCGGUCUGACCGUUCCUUGUGCCAGCAGGCCAUCAGCUCGGUGAUGAAGGCUCGUGUGCCGGGGGGACCGAUGAUGCGCUGAGGCUUCGAGCGACCCUGGUGCCAGGAGGAGAUGAUGAACUGGACAGACAGAUGAGAUGGGCAGACGCACAGCCAGAGAGAGAGAGAGUGUGUGUGUGAGAGAGGAAGGGCAUUCCAAUUAAGGUGCCUAGCCUCUGACCUGGUACAGGUCGAUAACAUGAUCACUGCAAGCACCGCACCCAAGCAACGCACACGAAGGCGACAACAAACAGCGAUAGAGACAGCGCUUCUGUCCUUUCUGUCCCUCUCGCAUCAUCUUCUGGUGGGUUUAUCCCUACCUGUGCAUGUGAGUGAGGAGCACUGCAGUGAUGUCCCUGCCGCUCACACCCAGCGCCGCCAGCCGCUGCGUGACCCCUGAGCCAGCGUCGAUGAGAAGGGAGGUGCCGUCGUGCUGCACCAGAUUCGCCGCACCGAAACGGUCCGCACGCGGCUGAGGCGAGCCGGUGCCCAGCAGCGUCACCUUCAUUUCAAGGGACUGUACGGCGGGUGAGGUGAGGCAGGCCUACCGAAACCAAGCACGCCACCAAGGUGAAAAGAAUCAACCCUUUUGGUCGGUGCGGUUCAAAGGCAGCUUCCUUCCUUACGUUAGUGAGUCACAGGGCCUUCGGUUCGGGCGGACAAGCGCCAGAAAAAGCCCGUACGUAAUGAGAUGGUGUUCUUCGCUAGCAGAUCUGCAGACAGAGACCAGGCACAGCCAUUGGGCGUCCCCAGAUGCUUUGACGCCUCACAGAACAGAAGGCUUUCUACAGGCAAUCGACAGGCUCUUUCCUCUCAUCCUCUCUUUUUUCGGUACGCACCUGAAGGUUGUGUGAAUCUCCCCUGGAGGUGAUUCGGUCUGUGGAUUCGGUUACCGAAUCAGGCAGGGUCGGUCGGUCGGUCUGUUAUGGGUUUGACAGGGUGGGAG